UAGCGAACCUAAUUAUAUUAACCAAGCAUGAGUCCUGGAGGGUGUUGGUGCAGAAUAACAGCAGGUUGGUGAUAAAGUGACCAAAUCUAAUCUUCUGGCAAAGAAUAAAGACAAGCACUCCUUUACAGACAUGGAUAAUUGCUUAAAACUGGUACCUCGUAAGUGUUACAAUACGUACAGUUCAGUAGUUCUUGCUUUGUUUGUAGCAAGUGGCGUGGUUCUGGUUGGAAUCGCGAGUGUUUUCGAGGCGAAAUCAAGUGUAGAAUGUGACCUCACAAACACUUUAUUCAAGGGGAAGUACAUUGAAACACAGUGUCAUCUUCAUUAUGCCCAAGAAUUCCUACCUUCGUUAUCUCUCAAUGUCCAGAUUGUGAUAAGUUUUGGACUUGUGGUUAUAUGUAGUGUCGUGUACGGUUACCUGGUGAAACAUAGAGUGGACAUCUUCGGAAAUAACCCAAACACAACGACGAACGAGGGCGAAGAAGAAAGCCAGCCACUGUCUGAACUAUCAAUGGCGUAUCAAGAGAUAAACCGAGAGUUAAUGGAAAUGAUUCGAGAAAGUCAAUCCAAAGAUUUAUUUGACGUACAUGACGACUUUGGAAGAGAAGAUUGGUCACGUCGAAAACUGGAGGAAAUCUAUAUCAAUGUUAUAAUUCAAGAUGGAAGGGAACGUGCCCACAAACCCAGAAGAGAAUUUGAAAGUAGACAUCAGAUUUAUGAUGUUCAAUUGGAAAAACCUACUAAUUCAAGAAUCCUCAAGAGUCCAGCAGAAUUAUUUCAACCAGCAGAAUCUGGUAACCAUCAACCUAGAACUGGUCUUGUAGUAGGCAGACCUGGAAUUGGGAAAACUCUACUGACAAGAAAAAUAUUUAAUGAGUGUGUACAAAAUGAAGAAAGAUUUGGAUUCUGGCAUGAAAAAUAUGUACUAUUAAUUAAAUUUCGUGAUUUUAACAAAGGAGAAACAAGCCUUCGAGAAAUAUUAACCAAAGCUUACCGUCUUGAUAUGUCAUUAGCUCAUUGUGGCAUGACUGUCUUUGAAUUUGUUUGCAAACACCCAAAAAAUGUCAUUCUUGUUUUUGAUGGCUUGGAUGAACUUAAAGUUGAUGAAGAGUGUUUAACUGAUGAAAUGAUUAUAAACAGCCCUGACAAAGAGUGUCAUAUGUUGCUUAUCCUUAAACAGCUGGUGGAAGGCAAACUAUUGCCUGGAGCCACUGUGUUAAUCACAUCUCGACCUACAGCAGAAUAUAUUUAUAGACAUCUAAAGUUUGAUCAGGAAGUGGAGAUAUUAGGUUUUAAUGAGGAACAAAUAGAAAAGUAUGUUGAAAAGUUUUGUGAUGAUGACAUGAAAAGUUUAGAGAUAUGGCAGGUAAUUAAGAGUUCCCCAGAACUAUUAAGCUUCUGCUACAUACCAGUUAACUCCUAUAUAGUGUGUUUGACAUUAUAUGAGAGCAUUGAUUUUGGUGAAGAAGUGGAGGAUGGAAACUAUAGUAAUAUUCCCAAAACAAUAACUGAACUGUACAAUAGAGCUAUGAAGAUUUUGCUGUUCAAACACAAUUCAAAAUACAAGAAUAAACCAGUAAAAAAGGAUUACUUGACUGUGGAACUUCCAGAGCAGUUGCAAGAGGAUCUGAACAAAUUAAAGAAAAUUGCAAGGAAUGGAAUGGAAACAAACCAGUUAGUUUUUGAAUUUGAGAGCAGUGAUAACACUGUGGCUGGCUUAUCUGAUUCUGGUGUGUUCAAUCAGUUGAAAGACAAAAGACGAAAUAUCUUCUCUUUUCUUCAUCUUACAAUUCAAGAGUUUCUGGCUGCACUAGAUGUGGUUGAUAAUAUCAAAAAUGUUGAAAGAUUUUUAGAAGAGCACAUUGAUAAACCAAGGUGGCAUUUGGUGAUCCAAUUUGUAGCUGGGUUACUUGGAGAUAGGAUGAGGGAGUUAAGGUCAGCAGAGCAUAAAGACACCAAAGUAAUCAAUUGUAUAUGCAAAAGAUUUCAAGACUGGAUGCCAAAGAAACGACGUGUUGACGAGAGUAAUGACAAAGGUUUACUUGUGAUAAAAAGUGUUUGGGAAAUGCAAGAAGAUCGCGUCAUGAAAAUGAUUUCGUCGUUUGCAUCUGAGGAUGAUGAUGAAACAUUUAUUUUGGAAAGAUUAAAUAUCUCACCAGCAGAAUCUACGGCUUUGUUCAAAUUUUUAAGCCACAUCAAGAACUUAAAACAGCUUCGCAUCCAUCAUUGUAUUGUGACGAACAUUACUAUCCGUGAAUUGGCUGAGUUUUUGAAGAGUGACAACUGUAAACUUACUGAACUAAAUGUAAGAAGCAAUGUUUUAAAAACUGAAGGUGUUAAAUAUUUAAACAGUUUCGUGUGCCCUGCGUUAGUGGUGCGGGACUUUGAUACGUGGUAA